UCGGCCGGGCUCAGCACAACUGCUCUAGUUACAGGUAAGAAAAAAUAUUACGGUAUCAAACAUAUAGAAGAACCUAACUUCGAUCCAAAUCCAGAUAAGCUUUUUAUUAGAGGCAUAGAUAUUGUGAAACGGGGGAAGUCUAAGCUCUUUCGCAAAAUAGGUAAGGAGAUUAUGCGAGAAUCUAUGGAAAUCGAUAACAAUAGAACAUUAUACCAGAUUGUUGAAGAGGUCCUUAAAAACACAGUGAAAAAUUCAUCUGAGAUAGAUAUUAAUGAAUGUAUUCGAACUUAUACGUGGAAACCUGAUAAAGACAAUAAUAAAUGCUUUGAGCCGCCAUACGAUUCCGAAUCCUUGAAAAAUAUUACAGAUCCAGAUAAACUCUGGACGGCAAAGGAUACUUUGGCGCAGAAAUCAGCUGAGAAAUGGAUAAAAAAGUAUAUCAAAGAUUUACGUAACAAAAACAAGUUUCAUGAAGCAGAUCUCGAUGAGAUUAUUGAUUUAUAUUACUAG